UCGAUUUCUCCUGUCUAGCUUGAGGUGAAUAGCUCGACGCUCGGCUGCCGCACCUAGAUAUGUUUUGCAGGCGACAGAGAAGGUUCACGUAUGAGGAAGUCCCCAUAGCAACGUUAACGUUACCUACUGAUAGUGAGGGGAGCUGAUACCCGCUGGGUUAGAGUGCGGGUAGCCGGACGUACGGCCGUACUACAAAAUGACCAACGCAUAUUCAUUCGAUGGCCUGCUAGUGUUUGGCUUACUUUUUGUUUGUACGUGUGCAUAUUUCAAGAAGGUGCCACGUUUAAAGACUUGGCUUCUGUCUGAAAAGAAAGGCAUUUGGGGAGUAUUUUACAAAGCUGCAGUAAUUGGGACAAGGCUUCAUAUUUUGGUGGCUUUAUCGUGCAUCAUCAUGGCCUUCUACAUCCUGUUUAUUAAAUGACAUUGGAAGGAGAUGGACAAACUUUCUAAAACUGUCUAGUCUAGAAUGAUCUUCCAGGGAGUGCAAGGAAGGUUCUUUAGCCCUCUUUCUAAUGUUUUAAGAAGAAACCAUCUGAAUUGCUCUAUUGCUGUUACUGGGAACUGCUUUCACAUAACACAAACUUUCUGACUGCCAGCCUACUUUUUUCUGCUGCAUACUUUAUAGAUUUACAGCUUUUAUUUUCUGAAGAGUCGUACAUCAAAUGAUAUGGAACAGAAAGUGCAUGGUGUGCACAGACAUCAACAUUUAUACUUUAAAAAAACAAACCAAAUUUCUGGUCUCCUGAAGGCAGGAUAAGUCUGGGUCAUUUCUGUCCUCUUAGCACUAAGGACUGUUGGGUGUUUGACAAUAUGUAUGUGCUGGCCAGGAAUCGGUCAGAAGAAUAACUAUAACAUAUUUGUACAGCAGUAUGCAUUCUGUUAUACCGGUUCCUUUGGUGUCGAUGUUUUUUUAACAUGUAUAGCCAAGGAUAUUAUCUGUAAGCACAUAUAACUCUGAAACUAUAUUGUAUGAAUUGUUGGCUGUGAUAAAUUGUUUUUAUUCAAAAAUCAGCCUAAAUGCUAAUUCUGGUGAGCAGGUAGGUCACUGUUUAACAAAAACACGAAUACUCACUGUCUGGAGUGGUCAGAUGGAAAAAAUAAUUGUGAUAAAAAUAAGAAUACAAAUGUUAUAGCAUUAUAUUGCCUAGUUGUAAAAAUGUAUUUUAAUUUGAAUGUUAACUGUCUGUAGACAGUUCUUACUUUAUGGUGUGCAUCAGGAAAAUGGUAUUUAAGGAAAUAUCUUUGGGCCAUGAAGUGCAAUUUAUGAAUUUAAUUCAAUCAAUAUUUCUCUCUGCUGUGUUUCAGAAAUGCUGUUUACCUUAAAAAUUGUGUUUAUCAUAAGGUUAUUUUGUAUUGGAGUUCUGAAAAAUGACUGCUAGUCAAAGCUGUUCUGAACAGAUUCAUUUUUUGAUUAGCAGAUAAGAGGCCAGCUAUGUAUAAGUUAGAGUGUGAAGCCUGAGAGUGGAGUGGUACAAAAUUUUUAAAAUGCUUCAUUUAGAUUAGGAAGCUACAUAAACUGAAAGGCAGAGACCCCUUGUUUUUUUUGAAGUACAUUACAUCCCAAUAAUAUCUAUUAAAGGUGCAUUAUAUUA